ACAAAACACACAUCACACACACAACUCUCUCUUUCACACUUUCACGUUCUCCUUGUUGCUCCUGCCAGCUUCACCUGAACCGAACCUUCCUCAAAAGCAAAACCAAACUCUCCCACUUUCUCUAUCUCAUUCCUUCCAUUGCAUGCUCCAUCAUCACCACAAAUGGGCAAUCUCUGCGCUCUCCUCAACCCCAAACCCGCGCCACCCACUUCCAAGAAGCGUUCAUCGUCGAUUCGCCGGGAGAAGAAGAAGCUCGACGACGCCGCGAUUCGUGAUCAGGCCAUCGCCGCCGCUAUCCUCUUCAAGCAGCACCAGCAGCAGCAGAAGCAGAACUUCGAUCGCUCCACUUCGCUUCGAUACCCCAAUGGGGUUUCGAAGAGGAACAACAGCAACAGUAACACCUUGCCGCGUAGUUCCAGUUCCAGGGCUAGGUCCCUCACUGACCCUCUUCUUCAACCUCAUCAGCUUGUUAAUCAGGGUGUAAAGGUUGAUGAUCUUGAGACCAAUCAUUUUGUACUUGUUCAUGGAGGUGGCUUUGGGGCCUGGUGUUGGUACAAAACUAUAGCACUUCUUGAAGAAGGCGGUUAUAAAGUAGCUGCCAUAGAUUUAACUGGUUCUGGAGUUCAUUCGUAUGAUACAAAUAACAUUACAAGUAUGUCACAAUAUGUGAAGCCACUAACCGACUUCCUUGAAAAACUUCCUGAAAGUGAAAAGGUGAUCUUGGUUGGACAUGAUUUUGGUGGGGCAUGUAUAUCAUAUGCAAUGGAGUUGUUUCCUCUCAAGAUAUCGAAGGCUGUCUUUAUUGCUGCAGCAAUGCUGACUAGCGGACAUAGUACUCUUGAUAUUAUUUCUCAACAGGCAGCCUCAGAUGAUCUUAUGCAACAGGCUCAGAAAUUUUUGUAUGCUAAUGGGAACGAUCUCCCUCCCACUUCUUUUGAUCUGGACAAGUCGUUGUUAAGGGAUUUGUUAUUCAACCAAAGUCCCACCAAAGAUGUUGCAUUAGCAUCUGUCUCGAUGAGGCCAGUACCAUUUGCACCAGUUAUCGAGAAACUUAACCUUUCAGACCUGAAAUAUGGAACUGUGCGGCGGUUUUACAUAGAAACUCCUGAAGACAAUGCCAUCCCCCUCUCCCUCCAAGAGAACAUGAUAAAUGCAAGCCCCCCAGAAAAGGUUUUCUGUCUCAAAGGCGCUGAUCACUCUCCAUUUUUCUCAAAACCUCAAGCUCUGCACAAGUUACUAGUAGAAAUCUCAAAGAUUCUUUGAGAACAUUCAUUACCUAAAUUCUCUGUGAAGCACCACCAUGCUUAAAGCUUCACUAGCAUGAAAUAGGAGUGUACAGUUGCCGUGAAAGUGUAUUGUGUGCAAGUUACAGGCUUCUUCCUCCUCAUUUUUGGAGAUAAAUUAGGAUAUAGAAUGGUAUUGCAACAUAAAAACCAUGUUAUAUUGCAUGUAUUAUUAGUCAGUAGUGUCAAGGUUUGCUGAUUAAAGUUGCAAGUUACCCUGAUAGAGAGUAACAAAAAAAACUUUUAACUUGCCACAACACUAUGUUACACCUUAGUAAGAGAUGAUGACAAUACUGAGGCACAUUGCAAGGAAGAGAAGUCUUGGCCAUUAUGUGUUUACAUUCUUUUGACGUUCCAAUAAUGCUGCUGGUUGCUGGAGGUUCACAUUUUGAGAAUCCUGCAACCUUCAUGGAGCACCUGCUGAAAAGGUAGUUUUUUCGCCAAUACUUUUGCUUGUCACUUAAAUCAUAUUAAGUAUUUUGUACCUUUAGAAACACCGUAAAUAAAUUCCCUAUGCUUCCCAAA